AUGGCACUGUGCAGAAAGGAGGAGCAUCUUCCUCCUCCUCCUCCUCCCUCCUCCUCCUCCUCCUCCUCCUCCUCCUCCUCCUCCUCAGCUCGAUCCUUAGUCGGGGUCCCUGUUUUUAAGGAGCCUCCUCCAGUAGCUGCUAUCUUGAACGGUUCAUUUCGUGAGAGGAACGGUCCCCCACUCGAGUUUACGCAGCCCCACUACUGUGCAGUCCUUAGAGAGGACGCGAAGGUGACAGAUGCCGUACUGAAUGUGAAAGCGGUUCAUAAGCAAGGUGAGGGAUUUUCAGUGCUGCACGAACUGGCCAUCUCAGGGGAGGCUGAGGGCCACACGGUACAAACACUCGUCCAGGUGAGGGUGGCUGAUGUCAACGACAACCCUCCUUACUUCGUCAGCCCGGAUCCAAAGGUCACAGUCGUUGAGGAGGAGGAUCGCCAUCUACCUACGACGCUCAUGAAGGUGGAAGCGAGAGACAGAGACAGUCUCGAUUACCAGGGUCUUCUGUAUACGGUCCGAGGAGACGGGGUGGACGGGUAUAGGCCAGGGGAGGCCUAUUUUACUAUAAAUUCCCUCACUGGCGAACUCAUACAGCAACGGGCCCUCGAUCGCGAUCCCCCCGAGGGGAAGUCCGUGUGGAAGGUUCGAGUGCAGGUCCGCGACGGCCAGGCCCUUUGGAGUCGACCUCGAAACAAACGAGGAGUCGUUCCCCCGAAUCAUCUCUCGAGUUUCACCCUCGGGUCGCUGGAUGCGCCCGGGAUGCAAAAACUCCCCUUCGGAAUGUGGGGAAGGCGGAAAAAGAGGGGAGAGAGUGAAGGUAGGAUUGAGGGAGACGGCGGAAAAGGGGAAAGAGAUUCGCACCGAAGGAGAUCUAAGGAGGAGCAGAGGGAAUCGACCAGAAAACCGAGGCAAAGGUCAGUGAGGAAGAAGGCGAAAAAUCUCGUAAAAGAAAAACAAUGCCCGAAAAGAUUCCCCGCCCGUCGCACGCGGGGCGGGGAGAACCCCCCCGCCGCCGAAAGGAGAAGGGUGGAAAAUGGCGAGAAGACGCGUCGCGAGAAAAGAUCUAAUGGCCAAACGUAUGUUCCCGAGGGGCCUUUAUUUUCUGAUGCUGAAUGGAAUGAGAGAAUUAUACAUUCCAAUAAAUUCUCCCUGAGCCAUAGAGGAUUUCGCCUGAUCACUUACACGCCAGACGAAGCCGAAGGAAAAGAGAAGAAGAAGAAGAAGAAGAAGAAGAGAAGAAGCGAAGCGACGAUCGCAUCAAUUCUCCCUCGCUCACAUUCGAACGUCACGGUGGGGUGCUUCCGACCCUGGUCCAACGCGGACAUCAGCGCCUACGGCAUAGGAGGCAGGACAGGGCGCGUUCACCUGGUCGAAACCACUGUCACGAUCGUCGUGAAGGACAUUAACGAUAAUUCUCCACCCAUUUUCCCAAAUGCCUCCAUGUUUGCCGAAGUUCAGGAAAAUGGACCCAUAGACCUCCCCGUCAUCACGGUAUCCGCAACCGACGUCGAUGAUCCUGACGAAGGGGCGAACGCGAGACUCCGGUACUCCAUAGAGAGGAACGCCCUUCAGGAGAAGUCUGGCGAACCCGUUUUCAAGGUGAAUCCAAAUUCGGGCCUCAUCACGACUGCCGUCUGCUGCCUAGACAGAGAGACGACGCCGGAGUACCACAUCCAGGUCUCUGCUACUGACGGAGGAGGACUCAGGGGAACGGCCAUCGUGUUCGUGAGACUGGUGGACGUAAACGACAACUCGCCGCGCCUCGCCAGGAGGAUGUGGGAAGCAGACGUGGACGAGACCUGGGGCGACGAACCCCCCGAUAAUUCGACGCUGCUGGAGAUCUCGGUCAAUGACAGGGAUGUCAAUAACUACUUCUUCUACAGGGUGGUGGAAGAAAGCGGGAAUGGAUGGGACCAUUUCGGCAUCAGAACCUUGGGCAACCUGGGCCAUUUGUACGCCCGUCAGACCCUCGACUUCGAGGACGAAAGCCAUCGCAAGGGAUUUAGGUUCUUGAUACAAGUCACAGACAAGGGUCGAGGCGGCUGGUUCGACGGACGUCAUUUGGACUCGGCAUGGGUCAAAGUUCGCCUNAAAGACCUGAACGACAACGCCCCCAGUUUCCCCAGGGCUCAAGUGAGGGUCACCGUCAGGGAGGACGCUGCCCCUGGGACCGUCCUGGCUGCCCUGCCCGCCUAUGACUUUGAUAUGGAAGGCAAACAAGGGGUGGAAUACAGCGUCGUGGGUGGCUGGGGAGCGCUCACGGUUGACGAGACGGGCGUGGUGAGCUUAUGGAGGGCGUUAGACCGGGAGGCUCCCGAGGGAGCCCUUGGAAUUGCCAACGUGAUUGCCGUCGAUCGGGGAACGCCUCCCUUGUCCUCGACGGCAACGCUCACCGUCAGCGUCACCGACGUUAACGAUUGCCCGCCCCGUCUGCUGCAACCGACCGUUUUCCACGUGGCUGAGGGCGGGCCGCCCAUGCUCCUGGGCGUGCUGACGGCUACCGACCAGGACGUGUGGGCGUUGGGGCACGGGCCGCCCUUUUCCUUCACCCUUUCUCCGUCUAACUCGGAAGCGGUCAAGGAAUACGUCGACAUCAAGUACUCUGCACUUUUAGACAGUGGCCGAGGAGGGGCGGAGGUCUGGACGAAGGACAUCUUGGACCGGGAGCAGCAUCGGCAGCUGGUAGUGGAGAUCCUGCUGAAGGAUGCCCAGGGUUUGUCCGGCACUCAGACCAUCACCAUCGUCGUGGAUGACGUCAAUGACAAUCCUAUGAGGCCCGCGUCGAAGACUGUCUACCUUUGGAAGACCCAGACCGGAAGUUCAGACGCCCCUCUCGGGCGAGUGUACGUCGAUGACCCUGACGACUGGGACGUCCAGGACAAGAGCUUCCAUUGGCUGGGACAACCCCACCCCCUCUUCUCGCUGGAUUCCAAGAAAGGGACAGUCCUCGCCUCCAGUCAGGUCAGGGAAGGAAGGUAUGAGCUGCAGUUCACUGUGGACGACACCGUGUGGGGCCAACGCGACGUCUCGGCGAACGUGUCUGUGGUCGUGCGGCUUCUGACGCCGGACGCCCUUGCACAUUCCGCGCCCGUCGUUCUCUCGCCCACCGCGCCCGAAGGGCUCACGGCUGGGUGGACCCCAACGAGAGGCGGAGGAGUCCUCGGAAAACUGCUGAGCUCCGUCACGGAGAUUCUAGAGAACUCGGUACAGUCCAUCGAAAUCGUGAGCAUUUAUGACGUCACCAACCUGACCACACCCCCUCAUGCACCGAUUCACUUUACGUCACUCGUGACGUCCUCGGACGUCUUAUCGUCCUCGUCAGCUUCUUCGUCUUCGUCUUCCUGGUAUACGGUUUCCUCGUCGUCAGCGCAGCAGAACGUCAGCGUGGCCCAGCCAACGCCUCCUCCCUCUACGUGCGUCUGGAUCAGCGUUGUGGAGAAGGGAGGGCGGUAUAUGAAUCCUGUGAGGAUGCAGGGAAUGCUUGGUCUCCACUCCAGUAAGUUGGAGGCUGCGACGAACCUUACCGUUAGAGUCGAGACCAGAAGAACUGUGCUCAACCGGGACACAAGCAAAGCAGGAUCGAAUUCCGAAGAGGAAUCUCCUCUUGAGGGCGAUGCAUCUACGCCCAUGUUGGUCGACCUGCCCGAUCCAUCUUCCGCAGCUUCCAGGGCUCCUCUCUCACUCCCUUUUCAGGUGGUGGACACAAACUCGACCUCCCUGGUCACUCCUCAUCUUACUUAUGCCACGCGCUGCAGCUCUGAAGAGCCAAAAGCAUGCACUCCCCUCUCUUGCUUGAAUGGUGGAAGGUGUAUCAAAACUGUCCACGGUAACAGGUGUGUCUGUCCAAGUGGAUCAUGGGGUUUCCAGUGUAAAGUCCUUUCUCGCACCUUCAAUGGAUCUGGCUUUGUGUGGAUCCAGCCCAUACCUGCGUGUCUACCAACGGUGAUUUCUUUUAGAAUUCUGACACAAAAACCAGAGGCCCUUCUUUUCUAUGCGGGACCUCUUACACAGCAUGCGAGAUAUUCAACUUCGACAGCAACGCCUCUCCUUGCUCUUCAGGUUGUACAAGGCGAGGUCCAAAUGUUGGUAGAGGGUGGGAGAAGCCCACUGAAACUACAAGUGGGUACCCUGGUCACUGAUGGGAACUGGCAUGUAAUACAUGCAAAGCUUGAUAAACAGGGGGCUUCACUGAUGGUGGACUUGUGUGAUGAAAGCUGGGAAAACAAGAGUGUGGAUGACUCGCACUGUGCUAGUAGGAUACAGUGGAGGGAUCCUGGCGAUGCUGAAUUGUGGGUAAGCUCAUUGCCCAUUCAACUGGGUGGAUUAGCUCAUUCGCGUCCAAGUUCACACAGCCACGGGUGGAAGGAGGCUCCCACAUCUCAGCCAUUGGAGGGUUGUCUCUCCCAGCUGGUUAUAAAUGGUCAGCUGAUAGAUUUGGGGGAACCUGCUCUCAGCAGAGGCAGCAUGGCAGGAUGUUUACCACAAGAAUCCGCGUGUGCAUAUGGCAUGGGCGCUUGUGGUGUUAGAGGAACCUGUGUUUCAGGUCUUGAUAACCCUGAAUGUCACUGUGAUCCUGGCUGGUCAGGCAAUAAGUGUGAGCAACCAACGAUGGCUGCUAGAUUUGGUUCCAAGUCCUUCAUGAAAAUGACACUAUCCUUCACCCCUGCAUCAAAGGGGAUUAGUGUUCAAGUUAGGGUCAGAACUUGGGGGAGGAGAUCAGGUCUCAUACUUCGCUUGGGAUUGCAGCCUACGAAGGACAGCAUUUCCCUUCAAUUAAAGGAAGGAAUUGCCUGUGCAUCACUGAUCCACAGAGGAAGAUUAUUGAAGUCCGUUUGUGUUGAAGGAUACCCAGUAGGCGAUGGGCAGUGGCAUACUCUCAGAGCAGAAUUUCAUGGUAACAAUAUGAUUGUGAAUGUCGACGACGGAGAUGGCUUGAGGCAGAAUUAUUCUCUUCCUACUUUAUUUGAAUCUCAGUCAAUUGACCAUUGGAGAUAUUACCAGUAUCCCAAUAAUGUUGGAAUUCCACCGACUGUCCCGAAAAUUGAGCUCAGUGAUGGACUAAGUGUUGGUGGUCUACCCGAAUUCAAAGAUGAAGAUACCAUUAGCGUAAAAGAGGACUUAGACAAUACAUGCUUAGACGAUCUUCGCAUAUCUGGCCAGCCAAUACCUUUAGUACCAACACUAAACAAAACCACGUGGGUAGAAGUAACAAGGUCAGAAGGAGUUGUUUCAGGAUGCAGUGCUACCAACGCUUGCCUGAGUAUUUCAUGUUCUUCACCAUUAUCUUGCAUUAACAACUGGGGCAGGCCCAUAUGCAGCUGUGGUCCCGGGCAGCAGCUUAUUGGUAACGUGUGUGAAGAUGUCAAUGAGUGCCUUUGGCAACCUUGCCUCCAUGGAGGCUCCUGUUAUAAUGCGGAUCCAGGGUUCUUGUGCUCAUGUGGCCCAAGCUAUUCAGGAGAGCACUGCCAGUGGAGAAAGUACAAUAAUUCCCCUCAUCCACUUGCUGGACCUGCAGCGUUAGCCGUCAUAACUAUUUUCUUGUUAUUCAUGGUCUUUGUUGGUGUGUUCCUCACCUUUCGCCUGAGGCGUCACUGGUUGGAAAGGAAAUUAGCAUCCGGAGGGGGGAGGACCCCAGAUGGAGCAGAAGAUCUGAGCACGGAAGAGGCAACGAUUAUUGAGGUUAAAGGAGGGACUGAAGAAGGGGGAGGGGCGGAUGCUGUCCAUAAGAAGAUGGAACCCGUUCAAGAGAUUCAUCUAGAAAACUUGCAUCUUGGGUCGCCCAGUAUUCAGACAGCUCAUCGGUGCAAUGAAAAAAAUUCUUCCAAACCUGUCAGUCGUAGACCCAGUAAAGCUUCGUUAUUAAAAGCAGCGGCCAUUUUAGGAGACCAAACAGCAGCCCUUGGGGAUGCUUACCCAGCCAAAGAUGACUUAAGAGCAUAUGCCUACGAGGGUGAGGGGUCAUCUGCUGGAUCACUAUCUUCUGCAUUGUCAGAGUUAAAAGUUGAGAAACCUGAGGAGACCGUGGCUCCUUUGACGCCCGCCUUCUUGGACGUCAUGGAUCUCCUGAAGACAUUACCGGACGCCACCAGUGGUUUUAAUCCUGAUCCUCUCGAUCAGACGGAGGUCGUAGGGCCUCCGGAGAGCGGUGGCUUUCGUUCCAUAGGGGCUAGUCCUGUUAAAACGUCCUUCCAGGCAACCGUCCUGCAAGGUAAACCCCAUUCGGCCACCCCAGUGAAAGCUCGUCAGGAGGACAGGAAUAAUGGAGACACCAUUUCAACGUUAUGCUGACGUCCCGCUAUAGGGCCUGAGUGAGGAGAUACGGACGGGCAUCUCGUGCUGGUGGGGCAUGAGAAAUUUUCCAAAUAAAUUUUGUUUCUUAGCUACGAACCGUUGUCUUAACUAAAAAAAAGCCCAUGCCAUUGUAUUGAAGUCAAGAGAUAGGUUCUUGCAGGGCAGGUGUAUGUAUAUCGCGCGAAUAUGUGGCUGUUAAAUUUCCACAGUGUCUAAUUAUACUUGAAAUUUACAGGAAAACGUAUCGUCCACUGGCCUGUGUUCGGUUAUUUCCGGAUGUACUUUCGAUUGUAAAACAGGAAAUGAUUUAUCAAAAGGUUUUAAGUAACCCUGAAAUUGGCAUAGAUUUGAAAAAGGAAUAAUAAAUAACGCAGUCGAAAAAAACUGUACAAUAUGUUUUCAGUGUCCGUCUUCGAAGGCCAAAAUUCCUCAGAUGGGGAAAAUUGUGCUUUUAUGUGUAUAAAAAGUAAGCGCCUUGGUGUUUAUACCCCCGAGAGCCAGUUAAUUACAUCUUCCUUGAAAGGUUUGAGGGGGAGACACAAGGCCCCAAGACGUGUGAAGUAAGAUUAAGGGUAUCACGGAGGAUUGCUUCCCUAAAUUCAAUUUGAUGCUGGAGAGGGAAGACGACGGAGUGCCCAUAGGUUUUGCAAAUAGGUUUUGCAAUUUGAAGCGAGUGGCGUUCUGCAUACACAAAUAUGCCCUCCCUUCAUGCGGAUUUUGAGGAAAUCUAUUUGAGAUAUAUACGUUACGUUUUGAGACGAACCUGAUCAACAAAUGUGUACGUGCAUAUGGUUCAUACGCGUGACAAGUAAUACUUGCAUGUGUGGGUACGUGCGUGUUUGUUUUCCCUCCGAAAAAGAUGUAUCUUGUGUUAACACAGACCAAUUUGUGAUGGUUUUCAAAGCUGCUGUUUUAACAUCCCAGAUAAUUUUAUCAAUGUUUCUCCACUCUUGGUUUGUUAGUCGCUUUUUGAAUGGUUCAGUAUCAGAUUUUUCAUAUAUAUGGUCUUUUUUUUCAUGUUUUUUAUUUCAUUUUCCACGUUCAUAUUCUCUUCUUGCGAAUUUCCACUGUGGUCAGUUAAAUGUUGGUGACUUCUAGUGGCAUUGGGUAUACACUGUCAUUGACAAGCGCACAUUGUAUAAAUUUAUU